AGUUAUCGAAUCAAUAAUCUGCUGAACUACGAUCGUGAUAUGUUUACUGCAGACCUACUUGCUGGAUGCCGGUUUCCUGAAGAUGGCCUCACGCACCCCGUCCCUUGAGUCGCUGCCCGGUGCCAACUCAAUAGGUUCGCUGGAGCGUGGCUCCUUAUCGCCCCUGACUCUCAGUGGAUCCUCGCCCCCAGCGAGUGACUCCGCCGUAUGCGACCUCCGUGAAUUCGACGGUCUCGACACCACUUGCGCAAUCUGCCGAGAAACAUUUGUCGACCCCAAAGUACUCAAUUGCUUCCACACCUUCUGCCGGGCUUGCCUGGAGAGGGAACAAACGCACCCUGACAAAGUGACCUGCGUCACUUGCCGCGUAGACAGCCAACUACCAACUGCCGGCGUUCCCGGGCUUCUCACAAACCUUGUGAUAGCCGCCGCCGUCGAGCAGGACGCCGACCUCCUGCCCACUGCCCGUCAAACCAGCUCCCCUUCAGCCCGCUGCACCGGCUGCAAAUCCAAGGAAUCUGACGCCGUAGCACGUUGCGUCGACUGCGUAAACUUCCUGUGCCCGAACUGCGUUAUGGCGCACCAAUUCAUGCAUUGCUUUGAGGGCCACCGUGUUCUAUCAUUCACGGACCUGAAAGAUGACAAGGGCCUACUGGGAUCUACAAUCAUCGCGAGCGGUGACAAAACCGCAUUUUGCCCAAGACAUAAAAAUGAUAUCCUUAAAUACUUCUGCCGCACCUGCUCAGUGCCGGUUUGUAAAGAGUGCACGAUAAUUGAACACCCGGCUGCUCUGCACGACUGUGAGCACUUAUCCGACGCUGGCCCAAAGCAAUUGGAGUUGAUGCAGACUGCGGUUAAUGAAGCUAAGACACGAGCCACUGAAAUAAGACACGUUAUUAAAACGGUUGAACACGCUGCAGGCAAAUUACAAGUCCAGUACCACAAAGCUCAAAAUGAAAUAAACGAUACGUUCCAAUUCUACCGUUCUAUGCUCGAGGAACGUAAGCAAGAAUUGCUCAAAGAGCUCGAAAGUGUAUUUUCCACAAAACAAAUUGCCCUCACUGUAGUCGGCCAAAAAGCUCAAGAGACUGUUGAUAAGAUUUACCAAACGUGCGACUUUGUCGAUCGAUUGACAAAAUGCGCCAAUAUUGCGGAAAUACUAAUGUUCAGGAAAUUAUUAGACACAAAAUUGCAAACUUUAUUGAGUUCGAACCCAGAACAGUCAGUACAGACAGCUUGCGAGCUUGAAUUUGUCUCUAACUACCAAGCUAUCCAAGUUGGCGUAAGAAACACGUUUGGAUAUGUGCGCUCUAGCUCAGAAGCGAAUGUUGGGCCCACUAAACAGCCACCUAUUGCCCGCCCUACUAACGGUAAUCUCUUGAAUGGUGGAUCAUCAUCUAGUAGCAGCAGCGUAAAUGGAAGUUCUGGUAGUCUGAACGGUGGAAUCCACCUACCAACAGGUUUGAACGGCGUACUGGACCGUCCUUAUACCAAUGGGCUCUUAGGACCCACCAGCCAGUCCACGUCACCCUUUGAAUCAAACAUUAUCUCGAAACGAUUCAAUAGCGUCAACAGUCUGGGUCCCUUCUCGUCUGCUAUUGACAUUAACUUGAACGGCAUCAAUCCUUAUGAGAAAUGGUCGAACGGAGGUUGUGAUUCACUGUUUCCGCCGACGACGACUGACCCCUACUCGCUUACAUCGGCCACACACAACGACCCUAUUUUAGACUUGACAAGCAAACUAAUCUCAACUGCCAUAUUCCCGCCGAAAUCUCAAAUUAAGCGACAAAAGAUGAUCUAUCAUUGCAAAUUCGGAGAAUUUGGCGUAAUGGAAGGUCAAUUCACGGAGCCAAGUGGAGUAGCUGUGAAUGCUCAAAACGAUAUUAUAGUCGCUGACACUAAUAACCACCGCAUCCAGAUAUUUGACAAAGAAGGCCGCUUCAAGUUCCAAUUUGGUGAAUGUGGCAAACGUGACGGUCAACUACUGUACCCAAAUAGAGUAGCCGUAGUGCGCACAUCUGGUGAUAUUAUUGUGACAGAAAGAUCACCAACACACCAGAUUCAAAUUUACAACCAAUACGGCCAAUUCGUACGUAAAUUCGGCGCUAACAUCCUUCAACAUCCUCGUGGCGUUACUGUUGACAACAAGGGCCGCAUUGUCGUAGUCGAAUGCAAAGUAAUGCGUGUCAUAAUCUUUGAUCAGAUCGGCAACGUGCUGCAAAAGUUCGGUUGCUCAAAACACCUGGAGUUCCCCAACGGAGUCGUAGUGAACGACAAGCAGGAGAUCUUUAUCAGUGACAAUCGCGCGCACUGCGUCAAGGUGUUCAACUAUGAAGGUAUUUACUUGCGUCAGAUCGGUGGUGAAGGCGUCACCAACUACCCAAUUGGUGUCGGCAUCAACGCAGCCGGUGAGAUACUGAUUGCCGAUAACCAUAACAACUUCAAUCUGACCAUAUUCACGCAAGACGGACAACUCGUAUCUGCACUGGAGAGCAAAGUGAAGCACGCUCAAUGCUUCGACGUGGCGCUUAUGGACGACGGUUCAGUGGUUCUUGCAAGCAAGGACUACAGGCUCUACAUCUAUCGCUACGUGCAAGUGCCGCCAAUAGGCAUGUGAGUAGCACGCCCCAAUCACAGGAGAUCCGAAUGACCGAUGAACUAUAGACCAAAAAUCGACACCCUGCGACGACGUAAAUAUUAUUAAUCGAAAUAUGGACUUACUGUUUUGGCGACGCGUGUCAAUUUUUGUAGUUCAAGUGAUGAUAAGUGAACGGAACUUGGUAAAAGUGUGCAAGUGGUGCAACCCUGUGGCUGUCUCGAUGUGAUCAUACCGGCUUACGAUGGGUAUCCUCUACAUUAUUCGGCAUGAGAUCUCUUUAUGAAUUAUUUCUAAACGAAACUGUAAUGAGAUUAGUUAUAGUAUUGACAUUGUUAUUCGAGUACCUAUUGAUUGAUGGUUAGAGAUUAAAUUCCGUUGGAACGAUUCGAAAUUUCGCGCGAACGGUGUUCUCGAAUCCUUAUCAUUUUUUGAUCUAUUGAAUAAUAUUUUUUCAUAUCCCACAUCGUUAAAUUAGGGAUGAAUAUUAAGGGCAUUUGUAUUAUUUAGCCCAUUUGUUGGACCAAUAUUUUAACUAUUAUUACUUAACAAAUUGUUAGGCGUUAAGCGUGUGAUUUUAUCUUAAAUAAGAGAGCAUCGAGCGGUAUUGUUGUUAGUUUUAAGAUUAUUUCUACGGCACAAUAGCACUUCCUGUUUUUAAUUAGCACUUAUUCUGUGUCGAUGGAAACUAUGGAUUAUUAAAAAAAAACUAAGUAAGGAGUUGUUACAUUAUUAAUUAGGUAAGUGUUAAAUUGAUUGAGCUGAAAUGGACAAUCUUUGGUUACUACCCCACUAAACGUAGUUACAAAAUUUUAGGGAAAUAAUGAUGUUAGGGGUUUUAUCAAUGACAAAGUUGACUGCGGCGCGGCAUUUGGACAUUAAGUAAAGCAAUGACUAUGAACCUCUAUUGAAUAUAUUAUACUAUUUCUUUUAUACGUAAUAGUAACAUCACAAAGUGGCGAUAAGAAUGUUUUAUAGUCCUCAAUUCGUUCCAAAACUUAUGCAUUCGAAACUAGUGAUGCCCUCAGUUGAGAAUUUAUAAAGCAUUUUUAGAUAGUAAAAGAUUGUAAGUUUUCUCUCGUCCUAUUUCGGAGGGCAGUACUUCAGCAUGUUAUCGAUACCGCCUAGUCGCUGAGAGCCCACGGACUUAAGUCUUCUGAUGUUGUUUUACUGACAUUUGUUUGAUACUGUUCGUUUUUUGCAUUGAUUGUAUGUUAUAAGCAUUGGACACGGUAGUAACUAGUAGAGCACUUAGGAAAUGGUCGUUUCGCUAGCAUCUUUUUUUUAAUUUUUUGAGAUUUUUAGCAGAUUUAAAAUGGCGCGCAAGCGUCUACUUACUGGGAGUAUUAUAAACAGCUCGGUAUACAAAAUAAUUAUACAAUUUGUUAUUCUGGUAAGAUAUAUUUUUUUAUAUGGAAACAACUUUAUUUUUGUAGUGUUUAGUAUUACGGUGCAUGUGUAACGUAUACUUUUCUUUUGUAUUUUAUGAAUAUUGCGCUAUUAUUAUUAUUAUUUUUUACUUCAUUACCGUGUGUUUGAGUGUGUUAGCAGAAUUAUUUUAGUUUGAUUUUUUUUUUCAUUAGAACUUUUUUUGGUUUUUAGUAAAUAAUGGUUUUUAGUAUUUUUUUUCUCGCUGAAUCUAUGACAAUAGGGAGAUCUGAUCCGGCUAUGGGUCGGUAUCCUGAAGAUCUGCUAGUAUUAGGUUACGCGUUUCCAUUUUGGUGAUAUUUCUUAAAUAAAUUAAAUGUGUUUGAAGAUGCGUCGGCUAGCGUCGCGUGCGCACCGUGGCGACCUGUAUAUCGUGUGCCAUAAGAUCAUGUUGUGAUUUAAUAAGUGAUAUUUAGUAUUGUUUGUAAAUAUGUACCAUACUUUCAUAUAAAUCUAAUCGUAAGGGUAUCUGAUCGAAUUACUUAUGAUUGUUUCAUCUUAAUACUUGUAGUGCAAGUUAUCGUAAUUGUUAUACUGGGAAAUUUACAAGUUUUUAUUUAAUAUGUAAUUUAAAGUUAUAAUAAUAUUUAUUUACCACCGAUAAACUACCUUAUUGUUGUAAGUUUUGGCAAUCUAUAUACGAUAUAAUUUUAAUGAAUGACUGCUCAAUAUAAAAUAGUAAUGAACCAAGCAAACUGCCAAAUGUUUAAUGGAAACAUACGACUGAGUGUUCAACGGCAACAAUACUAGUGUGGGAUCUGCUAACUUGGAUAGGAUUACCAUACUUGCACUAAAAGUUGAACGUUUCGAGAACAACUGAUUUCCUUUCGCAUUGUUUUCUGUAAUUUGCCUACCACCGUGCACGCGCUAUCGUUGCCUAGACGCAUCUUCGAUCAAAUAGUUAAUGAACACUGGAUUAGAUGAAACCACGUCCCACGUCUUGGUGUCCAAAUUUCAGUGAUUAUUCACCAAUGAUUUUAUUAUAUAGACUGCUCUGUUCCUAUAUCCUAAGACGGGGGGAUCGAUGUAUUUCAUCUAAUCCACUGGUAACUGAGCAUUGAUUGUAAGUCGACAUUUGACCGUUAAUCUGCAGAACCUCAGUUUAUUCUGACAAAUUGACAACUCCCAUCAAGUUUAUACUUUAAUGAUUUUUUACUAAUUCGUCGGAAUAUACUGUGGUCACGCAAGAGACUGGGAGGACCGUUAUUUUAGACUUUAAUGUCUGGAUUUCUUUAUGAAAAUUAUUCCAGAAAAUUUUUAGAACACCAGACUGGCUCUGUGUGCAUUUUCGUUGUAAUUAUCAUAAAAGAAAUCCGUUUUUGGUAACAAUAUACGCUUCUACUUAAUUGAGAUCAUUUCAUCGUAUUAUAUUUAUAUUAAGUAUAGUAUAGUGUAUCGAAAUUUUAAUGAAUAAGAUUUGCAAAUUAUGACAACUUCACUAUUACGCCUAGUAAAACAGUGUAACCCCUGAUUUUAUUUUUUAGUUUUUUUGUCGACCGAUAGUUACUCUUUUAUUUUUUUAACCUGAAAAUGGUAAUUUAAGUUUCAAUUAUAAUUAUUAUUACAAACUUAAUUCCCAUUCAAUUAUUGAUUUUGUGUUUUUGCAUAAUAAUGUUAGUGAAAAAAACGAAAUGUAUUUUCUUUACGAAAAACAUUUUCAUUCUUAAAAAUUGCAUUUCUAAAGCUCGAGGACUGAAUUGAAACCUGUUUUGUCUUUAAAUAUAUUUUGUCGAUGUUUGUUGUUAUAAUUAUUAUAUUUUUUUAAUUAUUUGUAUAAACAAUUGUUCUUUAAAUUAAUGUACAUCGUUUUGUUUUGAAUUAUUUUUGUUGUAAUUGCUUUUUUAUAAUAAUACCAGUUCAUUGCAGUUUU